CCUCCACCCGAACAGAAACUCCCAACUUAUAGUCAGCGCCUCAGUUGGGCGUUUCAUGCAGGACCUUUAUAUUUUUUUCUUCCUUUGAAACAUUCCCUUCUUCUAUUCUUCAAAAAUAUUUGGAGACCAUUAUUCUACCCGCAACAUUAUCCACAGGGUUGAGAUAACGAAUCGAGCCUAGUAUAGACCGACGUCGAAUCCCCCACCUUGUCUGCCUUGAAAAACACCGGCGCUUGUCCACACCUCAGUGCCAAUAUACGGGGGGAUUUUUUUUUUCUUUUUAUGUUCUUUCCAAUUUCACAUUCUCACUGAAUAAUCAUUAAUUACCUCUCGCCAUUCACGAGCAGUCUUACCUUCCAGCUACAUUCGAGGAUUAAAUCCGACAAUCGACAAGAGGCGCUCUUACAAUCAUUCAUUCCCUUUCUCUCAAUUCAUCCUUCAGUGAUUGCGGCAGGGUAACUCUGUCGUCCAACCAUGGCCGACCAAUUUAAAGCUCGAACGCUGAAACGCAAAAAUGUCAAAGGUCUCGCUUUGAACGCAGCACCCAAACCCCUCUCCAACCCGUCCGAUGGCGAUGCCCAAGUUCCCGGUGCGAUUGGAAAUACCGACAGCAACCGCACUGAUACGCUGGAGAUCGGGCUAGAGUUCCGCCUUGAUCUUCGCAGCGAGGAUUUGAUUACCCUCAAAGAACUAGGGGCGGGCAAUGGCGGUACAGUCUCCAAGGUCAUGCAUGCUUCUACUAAAGUUGUCAUGGCCCGAAAGAUUAUCCGUGUAGAUGCCAAAGAGAAUGUUCGAAAACAGAUACUGCGAGAGCUUCAAGUUGGCCAUGACUGCAACUCUCCGAAUAUCGUGACCUUCUAUGGAGCAUUUCAAAAUGAAGCCAGGGAUAUUGUUCUGUGUAUGGAAUACAUGGACUGUGGCUCUCUUGAUCGUAUAUCCAAAGACUUCGGUCCUGUCCGAGUGGAUGUCCUAGGCAAGAUCACAGAGUCAAUACUGGCUGGUCUUGUGUAUCUCUAUGAAGCGCAUCGCAUUAUGCACCGUGAUAUCAAACCUUCCAACAUCCUUGUUAAUUCGCGGGGAAAUAUUAAACUUUGCGAUUUCGGCGUCGCCACUGAGACAGUCAAUUCGAUCGCUGACACCUUUGUUGGCACUUCGACCUACAUGGCACCAGAGCGCAUUCAAGGCGGCGCGUAUACUGUCCGUUCGGAUGUUUGGAGUGUAGGCUUGACGGUCAUGGAAUUGGCUGUGGGUCGAUUUCCCUUCGAUACCUCAGAUUCUUCAGCAGGAGACCGGGCUAGUGCUGGCCCUAUGGGUAUCUUGGACCUUUUGCAACAGAUUGUCCAUGAACCCGCUCCGAAGCUUCCAAAGAGCGACGCUUUCCCCCCGAUCCUACACGAGUUUGUGGCCAAAUGCCUCCUUAAAAAAUCCGAAGAACGGCCAACACCCCGAGAAUUAUAUGACAAGGAUGCGUUCCUUCAGGCUGCUAAACGUACACCAGUUGAUCUUCAAGAAUGGGCGAUUAGCAUGAUGGAGCGACAUAACCGAAAGUCUUAUCUAGCUCCUCCACCGCCGAAGUCUCUCAAGGACGAGAAAGAAGAAUCACCGCGCCGUAGCCCCGCUCCAAAGCCAGCAGUUAGCAAGUCGGCUCGCACACCACAUUACACGCCAACGUCUGGAGAGAUCCCGGUGAAUAUGGUCAAUGAAAUGUCUUCCCAUAGCCGGCAUUAUCACGUACCGCCGAACCCAUCUCCUCGCCCCAGUCGGUCGACUAGAUCUCCGCCCGCGAUUUCACUCGAGCAUCUUUCUUUGGAAACCAAGGAUGAUGAUUAUCGAACGGGACGCCGCCCCUCUCGUGCGCACUUAGGAGACCCGGUGUCGGCCCUGGAGCCACCCUCUCGUCAGCAUAUCGCAUCUCGCUCAGCGAGCUCGCACAACAUGAAAUCGAGAAUGCCACUUCAGACAUCAGCUAUGCCUGUUCGUGCAGCUCCUCCUCCCAGUGGGCCCUUACCACCGGCUCCGGUACCGGGAGCACCAUGGCAACGCUAAGUAAAUUAAGUGCAUCAUUAUCACACAACAGAAGCUGUGCACAGUUGCUUUCUCAGACGAGUUAGAUCUUAUCAUAGACUUCUUUGCAAGCAAGACCAGCCGAUCGACUCGCAUUUUCGAUCGGGAAAUUGGCCUUUCUCAAUCAACUGUCAUUGAAAAUAACCCAACCCUUUUCUUUCUCUUUGUCUCGUUGUCAAUAAGUCCAUUGACGUUUCAAUGUUGAACUAUUUAGACGACGAACUCCCAACUGAUCGCUUGCUUGACCAUAUUGCUUAUGAUUUUGCAUCAGCAAGGCGUAUAUUCAUUCAUUGGCAUUUUCUGAGUCUAUACUUUUUCCCUUUUCUAUUCUGUUCAUUAUUUUCCCUCCUGAGCUGGUCGCAUAUGUUUUGAUAGCAAUGCCUUUUUCUUUGUUAAUGUCGACGUAUAAAUACUUUUGUCAUUGAUUUCUGUCUGGAUGUCGAGCUGGCACUCUUGCAUCUGUGUUGUUUGUUUCAUUCUUUGACAACUCAGCAAAUAUUCCGUUGAUGCAAGGAACAAAGCUCAUGGAUCUUGCAUGUGUCACCUAUGUGUAUGUACAGCAACCGUCCACUCUUUUGUGAUGAGAACACACCAUGGGCGCCGGGGCCAUUUUAGCCUGGGGUUGGGACUUUUACAAAAAACAUACUUGCGCUUAUUCGCAAUGAAAUACUCCAAUCCACGGAAUGGGUUGAGCCUCAUGGCUGGACAAGAUCUUGCAUAAUCCUUGAC